ACACACAUUCUCUCUCCUUUUUUAUUUUCACUUGUCUUUCAGCUUAAGUUUCUCGGUUUUCUAACCUUCGGUGCGCGUUUUCACAGCUACAAAAUCUCCCAAACCUUUAGCUUCCAUGGCGAUUCUAGAGAGAGAAACAAACAGAUAAACUAAAAACAUUGCUUCCCGCGUUUACCAUCAAAGUUCUCAUUCAUGCGUGCAAGCUACAGCCCCCUUUCCAUUUGUUUCAUCAUCUUAACCGUUUCAUCUUUAUCUCUCGCCAAUCUUCUUCUUCUCCCCAUUUCUUCAAUCUUUUUCAACACUCAUUGAAUCCCAAUCUGUUCGUUGGUUAAUUUGAAACUUUGGAACCGCAUUGGUAGAAGUUUUUAUUAGAUCUAUUUGAUUUGAAACAAUGGGAGCGCACGUUAGCAAGAGAUCUGCUGCAGCUACUACCUCUUCUGAUUCACCUGCAAUCACUUUGAAAAACACACAACAAAUCAUCACAGAGCUUAACGCAUAUGAAGCAGCUUGCAGAUCUGAUACUGAUCUGCAAUCGUUUGACGCCAUGCUACAUGCUCGAGCAAACAACGUGAUCAAUACUUUGGCUGUUGGGGUUGAAGUUCGAGCUUUAUCUUUCGAUACUUUGAAAGAAGUUACAGAGUGUUUGUUGGAAAUGAAUCAAGAAGUCGUGAAGGUGAUCUUACAUUGCAAGAAAGAUAUAUGGAAGAAUCAGGAAUUGUUCGAGUUAGUAGAAGAGUACUUCGAGAAUAGCCUUCAAACCCUCGAUUUCUGUUCUGCUUUGGAUAAAUGUUUGAAAAGAGUUCGAGAUAGCCAACUGUUGAUUCUUGUCGCUUUGCAACAUUUUGAUGACGAUGAAGGUGUGGAAGAGAACAGAUACGAAAAAACUCUCGAAGAUUUGAAGAAUUUCAAAGACGCUGGUGAUCCAUUUACUGAAGAAUUCUUCAAAAUAUUCCAUUCUGUUUACAGACAACAAAUGGUGAUGCUCGAGAAGCUACAAGCAAAGAAGACAAAGUUAGAUAAAAAGGUGAAGUAUCUUCAAACAUGGAGGAAAGUGUCUUCUGUAAUCUUCGUGGCUACUUUCGCAGCGGUGUUGAUAUGCUCUGUGGUGGCGGCAGCCAUGGCAGCACCACCGGUGGCGGCUGCUUUAGCAGCAGCCACCGCCAUCCCUCUUGGAUCAAUGGGGAAAUGGAUUAACUCCCUUUUGAAAAACUACGAGAACGCCAUUAAAGGGCAAAAGGAGAUUAUCAGUUCAAUGCAAGUUGGGGGUUUUGUGGCAAUUAGGGAUCUUGAUACGAUUCGUGUUCUUGUUGAUAGGCUUCAAAUGGAUAUAGAGGAGAUGAUGAAGAAUGCUGGCCAUGUGAUCGAAGGAGAUGAAAUGGUGAAAAUUGCAAUUGAAGAGAUUAAAUUGAAGUUGAAUUCGUUUAUGAAAAAUGUUGAUGAUUUGGGGAUGCAAGCUGAUAAUUGUAGCAGGGAUGUUAGACGAGCUAGAACUGUUGUUCUUCAAAGGAUCAUUAAACCACCACAGCAUAAUUGAUGAUGAUGAUGAUGACGAUGAUCAUCAUAAUUGAUGAUGAUGAUGAUGAUAAUGGGUCAAUCUCUUCUGGUAUGAUGAUCAUCUUUAAAUGCAAAAUAAGUUAAAGAUUUGUGUUGAAAUUUGAUGUUUUUAGGAAGAAAAGAAAAGGGUUAGUGUUGAAAAUUGAUAUGGUUAUUUUAUAAUUAAGGAUUGUUCAUUCAUAUGUUCAUUUGUUCGUAUUGAUACUAUAUGAUAUGGAGUAUAUUAAAUAAAACUUUAUAAGAUUGUUGUUUUUUUAA